UUUCUUACUUAUUUUUUGUCAGAUGGUCUUACUUUUUGGAGGGGAGGCCGGGCUACCUAAGGUCCGGUCAGCAAGAGGACAGGAGUUGACAUAGAGGCUUGGCGCGGGACACUCGAUCUUUCCCCCACAAGGAAGCUGAUAAAACCUUAUUUCUCCGACUGGCCACCCAAGCAGCGAAGUACUGCCAGUUUUCGAGGAGGUCCCAGGAAAAGUUAGGGAAGGGGUGUACAAAAAAAGAAGGAAAACGGGGAACCAAGCCGAUUCGUCCAACUGCAGGUCUCCGCGCGAUGCGAGUGUAAAUGCAGGGGCAAUGUCCCGUCGCAAGCAGGGAAACCCGCAGCACUUGACACUGUCACCGAGAGAGAGAAUAAAACCGGAAGCGGACCAUGUGUCGGAGGGCGACCACGCCCUGGACCUCACCCCGCCGAGCCCCGCGCAGGGCCUGGGCAAGCGUGACCUGCUGACCUGCGGGCAGUGCCAGACCAACUUCCCGCUGGGCGACAUCCUGGUGUUCAUCGAGCACAAGAGGGCGCUGUGCCAGGGCCUGACGGGGGCCCCCGGCUGCUACGACAAGGCCGGCGACCGGCGUGGCGGCCCGCCCUCGUCCCCGCGCCUCUCGCUCCGGAGGGGGGAGGAGCCGGUGGAGGUGGGCAUCCAGGUGACGCCCGAGGAUGAGGAGGAGGACGCGAGACGGCCGACGCUGACGCCCGCAGGAGGGGUCUGUCCCAAGCAGGAGAGAGUUCCAGCAGGCGGUGACGAGCCCUCCAGCUACAUAUGCACCACCUGCAAGCAGCCAUUCUCCAGCGCCUGGUUCCUCCUGCAGCAUGCCCAGAACACGCACGGCUUCCGCAUCUACCUAGAGCCUGGCACCUCCAGCUGCUCGCUGAGCCCCCGGAUCACCGUCCCUCCCCCCGUGGGGGUGGAGUCCAUGCCCCAGCCCCCCCUCGCCGGUUUCCUGGGCGAUGGCAACCCGUUCCACCUGCUCAGGAUGGCCGCGCCUGUGCUCCGCGAGCCGCCCGGCUUCAUGGAGGGCCGUCUGCCCGGCACGCCCCCCUUCAUGGCUCCGCCCCCCCGUCCCCACCUGGAGCGGCUGAGCGCGGAGGAGCUGGGCCUCAUGUCCCAGCACCCCAGUGCCUUCGAGAGGGUGAUGCGCCUGACGCCUAUGGCCGCCAUUGAGUCCCAGUCCAUGGACUUCUCCCGCCGCCUCCGAGAGCUGGCUGGACACACGGGCCCCACACCCCCUCUCUCGCCCGGCCGGGCCAACCCCCUGCACCGGCUGCUCAACCCCACCCUCUUCCAGCCGGGGCCCCGCCCCCCAUUCCUCAGCACCCCGCCCCUGCCGCCCGCCCCGCCCAACAGCAGCACCUCGCCGACGGCGCCGUCGGGCAAGGCCAAGUCCUGCGAGUUCUGCGGGAAGACCUUCAAGUUCCAGAGCAACCUGAUCGUGCACCGGCGGAGCCACACGGGCGAGAAGCCCUACAAGUGCCACCUGUGCGACCACGCCUGCUCCCAGGCCAGCAAGCUGAAGCGCCACAUGAAGACACACCUGCACCCGCGCAACGGCGGGUCCGUGGCGGGCCGCUCGGAGGACGGGCUGUCCACCGCCAGCUCCCCGGAGCCCGGCACCAGUGACGUUGCGGGGGAGGGGGCCAAGGGCAGGGCAGGGCGCAUCGGCGGUGAGGGCACGGGGCCGGAGAACGAAGAGGAGGAAGAGGAAGAGGAAGAAGAGGAGGAGGAGGAGGAAGAGCCGGAGAAUGACAGCAGGCCCGAGUCAGGGUUCAGCAUGGAGUCCGACUUCUGCCGCAGCCAAGAGAACGGGCCCAAGGCGGGCCCGGAUGAGAGGGGGCUCUCUCUGGGGAAGAGCUUGGAGGGCACGGGUCUGGGCGCUACGGAUCAGUAUGACGGCCUGACGGCAGACAACGGGAAAAAACUGCCCUUCCCCAAGCUGGACCAGGACGGGCAGCGCGGAAGGGGGGACGAGGACUUGGUGGUGGGACGGGCGGAGGGGGAGGAGCAGGUGACGGUGAACGGCAGGGACUGCAGCUCGGGGGACUCCUUCCCCGGCCUGUUCCAUCGCAGGUCCACCCCCAUCACCAGCCCCAGCCUGUCGGCCUCCUCCGCCAAGAGGAUCAAGCUGGAGGGCGAGCUGGACCUGCCGCCGGUCCCGCUCAUCCCCUCCGAGAACGUCUACUCCCAGUGGCUCGUGGGAUACGCCGCCUCCCGCCACUUCAUGAAAGACCCCUUCCUGGGGUUCGGCGCCUCCCGGCAGUCUCCCUUCGGCACGUCGUCGGAGCACUCGUCCGAAAACGGCAGCCUCCGCUUCUCCACGCCCCCGGGGGACGCGCUGGACGGGGGGUUCUCGGGGCGCAGCGGGACGGCCAGCGGGGGGAGCACCCCCCACCUGCGGGCGGGGCCCGGGCCCGGCCGGCCCAGCUCCAAGGAGGGCCGCAGGAGCGACUCGUGCGAGUUCUGCGGCAAGGUCUUCAAGAACUGCAGCAACCUGACGGUGCACCGGCGCAGCCACACGGGAGAGCGGCCCUACAAGUGCGAACUGUGCAACUACGCCUGCGCCCAGAGCAGCAAGCUGACGCGCCACAUGAAGACCCACGGCCAGUACGGCAAGGAGGUGUACCGCUGCGACAUCUGCCACAUGCCCUUCAGCGUCUACAGCACCCUGGAGAAACACAUGAAGAAGUGGCACGGCGAGCACCUGCUGCCCAGCGAGGUCAAACUUGAACAUGCAGAGAGGAGCUGAGCCCGCACCCCACCCCCCUCUACGCCGCCCUCACCCCACCCCGCCCCGCCCCAAAUCUGCCUCCCUGCUUCUUCAGUUAAGGGGUUAGCUGGAUUAUCUUUUUUUCUGAAAAAUCCAAUUUUGGGGUCUGUUCUUCUUUGAUGUUUUUCUUGUUUUGUUUUUAUUUUUUUUUUUACUUGGUGUGUUUUUUUUGUUGUUGUAAUUUGAGAGACCUGACGCAGACCCCUGAGAUAUGACA